AAAUGAGCCCACUUCCAAGAUUGCACAAAGCACAAUCGCCGAAGAAGGACCUGCAAAUUAGCUGCUGAGGCUACCAUGGAAGGCGAAAUUGAAGGAGGAGAACCACAGCUGCCACCAAACCGAGCUCGGCACAUAAAGAAACGAGCUCUUAAAAACAAAGCUCUGGCUGUAUCUUUUAACGAGAAAGAUCUCAGGGACUAUGUAACUGGUUUUCACAAGAGGAAGAAAAAGAGAAGAAAGGAAGCCCAAAAGAAGCAAGAGGAGGCCUUGCGGCGCAAGCGUAUCGAGGAGCGCAAAAAGAGGAAGCUGGAAAGAGAACUCGUGUUAUAUGGAGAAGCUCCACCAGCAUCUGUUGGUGGUGAUGAGUAUAAUGAGGAUGGUGAAGAAAGUGAACCAAUUGCAUCAGUCAAUGGGACAAUGGAAUAUGACAAUGGGGACAUGAAAGUCACUGUGACAACUACUGAGAUUUCUCGAGAAGAUAAGGAUGACCACGGUGGAAAGAUGCAAACAGCAGUGCCAAUGCCAAGAUUGGCUGGAGAUGAUAAGAAGCACAAUUUAUCUGUUAGUAAAAAGAAAUCAUUUAAGAAAGUCUCAAAGCACAACUCGAGGUCAAAGCCACAUGAUAAAAGAGAUAGAAGGAAGGGAAAGAAAAAGAACAAGAAGUGGUAAUUGUCCUCCUGCCAAAUGAAUUGUGGAUGUGAAUAGAGAACAUAACUAGCACAAUUGUUGAGUGCAUCCUGCUAGGCCAUUUAAACUUAAAGUCAUAUUCAUAGUUUGGCAAUUUGAAGGGUAGGUGAUGUUUGCUCAUGGUAUCGAGUGAUAUAUUCUUUGCCAACAGUUCAUUAAAUUUUGAAUCGGGUGUAUUUGAACAGUUUCUGUUGUGAAUUCUUUUUGUACACUUCUUUUAAUGUCAUGCCAAACUGGCAGUAGUUAUGGUUUAAUUACAAUGUGCUUUCUUCAA